GGUGGCUUUUACCAAGAUUCCGUUGCAGCGGUUGGUUUGACAUUGGAUGGAAAUGGCUGUCGGCGUUGCCCUGCUGGGACGUUUGUCCACCCAAAAAAUGCACCAGGAAAGGCAUCAUGGGAAUGUAAAGCAUGUCCAGAAGGUUAAUACGUCAUAUAAGUGUAUCGGUAUUGUCAGGAGGGAGCAAUGGGGUGUCAGUUUUCCAUCGGUUUAAGAUUUUUGUCUACACAUUUGCGUCUUUUCUUUGCUUUAUUUUGUUUAAAGGUACAUUCAAUCCUCUAUCACCAGGCUUUUUAGAAUAGAAGAUAUUUCUGUUGUAGGUAGCCAAAACAUAAGAUAAACAACACAAUACAUGAAGGGAGCAGCCAGAAAGAGUUACAUUGUAAGUCCAACGAUGAAUUGGCAAAUAACAACAGACCAAUUUCGAAAGUAGGUUGAGUUUGAUCGUCCGGGUGAACGUAGUCCUGAAUAGGACUGUUGUUGUUGACAGUGACUGACAUUUCGACAUCCUCUGCGGUAGUCAUCUUCAAAGUCAAAGUGAGUUGUAUCACGUCAGUUGAUGGCAUUAUACUCUGGUUAUUGAUCUGAUUGGUCAAUUACGUCGCGAUGUUAUUGGUUCUCUGUCAGUUAAGCCGUGAUGUUAUUGGCUAUGAAGACUCGUAAUCAGUAAUUGGUGCGUUUCGAUCCGUCUAUUGUCACAGUUAAACAGUCGUCUAUUGUUAGUCAAAUUGUCAGUUCUCCAGUCGUUCUCUCGUAGUUAAUUUUGCUUGAUCUCGUCAAUAAGUCUUUUGUACGGCGCUGGUAACUGUUGGCUACGAUUCAGUGGCGUUUGUUCUAAGUGAGUAAACCAGCUUUCUAAAGUAAGACGUUGAUAGUAGUCUGUAGAAUACGUUAUACAUGUCGCAGAGUCCCAGUCAAUUUGAUGUUUCGUCUGUAAAUGGUGCUCAGCAAUGUGAUUGUUGACGUCACUAUUUUUCCCCGUCGAUCGUUUGUGUUAAGUCAGUCGCGUGCUUAGGUUUCUGCCGGUUUCACCAAUGUAAGAAGCCUGGCAGUCGCAGCAUUUGAUCUUGUAUACUGCUCCCUGUCUGUCCUCCGGUUUGUAUUUGUCCUUGCCUUACUGGUUUUAUCAAAAGUUUAUGAAAGGGUCGUACACAUAUCAAUUCACUUCUUAUUUGCAAUUAAAUCAGUGAUAGAGUAACAAAGACUCAAAGCGGCAACAAAAAAUGGAACUCGACUGAAAGAUGUGUCAGAAACAACUGACACUAUUCUUAGACCAAUAAGCCAAAAGAUGUUGACUUCAGCAGUGUUCUUAGACAUGAGCAAGGCCUUCGACAGCGUCAGCCACGAAACCCUUAUCUCGAAAUUGGAAGAUGAAGGCGCCUCAAUCUCAAGCCUCGAACUCAGUUAUCCAGUGGUUUAGUAGGUACCUUAAGGAUAGACGAUAAGUGGUAAGAAUCCAUUUAACAUUCACAGAGCCCUUACCCGGUAACUGAGGCGUUCUGCAGGGAAGUAUACUUGGACCAACUUUAUCUAGCAUUUACAAAUCAUCUUCCAUCAGCACCACAGAAUGCAGCGUCCAGAGCUAUGUAGACGAGACUAAGCUAGUUAUAACCUUCAAAAUGAAAGAUACAGUAAACGCCUUUAUUGACUUAGGAGAUGACUUGCACAGAAUAGGCCAAUGGUGUUCAAACAACCUUUUAUUGUUGAACCCAAGCAAAACUAAACUUAUGGUGUUUGGUAGCAGGCCAAAGCAUUCCAGACUGGUCACUCCCAGCCUCACUUUCAUGGGAAGAGAACUCGUAUCGGAAAACACCGCUAAAGACCUUGGGGUGAUCCUGGACUCUAACCUAACCUAUGACGAACACUUUAUCAAAACUGUCUCCUCCUGUAUGCCUUGUCCCAGUCAAAUAAGCCGCACAACGCAUUUAUUUGACAAACGCACCCUAAUAACUAUUAUGCCGUAGUCUUUAGUAAACUUUUUUAUUGUUCCAACGUAUGGGCGAAUACGUCAUGAAUUAAUUUAAGUAAAAUACAACGUACUGCUCGAAUUGCGACCAAUACCAGCAAAUAUGAUCACAUCACACCAGUUUUAAAAGAACUUAAAUGGCUACCAGAAGUAACUCAGUUAUAGUUUAGAAACGUUAUCGUGGCCUGUAAAUGCCUGAAAUUCCGCCUGCCGAAGUACCUUUCCUGCCAGUUCAUUAAGCGAGGAGAAAUAAGCAGGUGUGCCACGAGAAGUUCACCGAUGCUGAACAUUCCACUUUUCAUGACUGCUAAUGGUCAGAGGACCUUCUAUUUAACAAUUAUUCCUCGAGCCCGAAUGGGCUCUGAGUCAAUAGUCCAUUCGGCCUUCGGCCUCAUGGGCUAUUGACUCAGAGGCUAUGUGGGCGAGACGAAUAAUUGUUUUAGUAAAAUCCAACUAGUUGGUCAAAAAUAUCGUGUUAAAACAACUUUAGCUAGCAAAACGCGAUUCAGCGCCAUUGUGUUGGUUUUCCAGGCCGGCGCUUUUCGCUACUAGUGGGCUAUAAGAUAGCCUAGUAGUAGCUCAGCCAGUCAGAACGCAGCACUGAUAAUAGCCCACUAGUUGGAUUUUACUAAUAUCUUUUAUUGUUGUAUGCAAUUAAAUUUAAUUCUUGUGUUUGAAAAGCCUCUAUGAGGAAAGUCAAUAAAGCAUUUAAUUAUGUAUGCAUUUAAAAUCGGUCCUUCAAGAGGACAGCUACAACCGAUGGAUGUUUAAAAUCCCACUGAAUACCGCCAGAACCUCGGGUGUAAACGCCUCCUUUUCCUACGGACAAAGGGUUUCAAGAAGGCUCACAAAAUGUUUCAGAAAACAAGCAGUUGGCACCUACCACAGUCCUUUUAGCUACAUCAGACAAUAUUUGGUCCAUCCAAAGAUCCGCCAACCAGGGAAAAGAAUUGUAAGAUGAUUUAUGAAGUUCAGCUCGAGGGCUGUGAUGAUUUCUACAUUAAGAAGACAGCUAGGCAUUUUGGAGUGAGAUUUGUGGAACACGUUGCGGUGGACUCAAGUGUUCAGGCUACACCUUGGAUAUCACUACCUCCUCGAUCUUUGUAAGAGAAGACGAAGUGUUUAAAAGAAGAGUCAAGAGGCCAUCAACACAUUUUGUAGGGCUCCAAUAUUACACAGAGAUGCUGGGCUACGAGCCCCCCGUGAUCUACCGGGAUGUUUUUUUACGUGAUUGACAGUAUAAAUCAAGUGACAAACCUUCCACCUUCAUCAAUUGAUAAAGAUUCCGCGCUGAAAUCAAAAGCUUGUGUACAAUACGUUUGUUUAUCUAGGAAUUGAAUCUUCGUUCACUCUAAAGACUGCCUCAUGGUUUGGGUUUUUUUAAAAUUAGGGCUCAGCCGUCUCCGCUUUUUCAGAAGUGCAUUCACCAUGUACCAACUUUGCUCUCCCUUUUGAAUUAAUGAAUCAUUUGGAAAUUUAUAAUUUAAACAAAGUUGAACGGGUAGAGUAAUCUUGUCAACAGGUCAUUGCAGAUGGACGUUUCCGACCUGGCUGAUAACGUUAGCAUCAUUUUUUUUUACACUAUUUAUUAGGAAUGCAUUUUGCUCUUUUCUAGGCACGAAUACGACAAUGUUUGCUGGAUUUAGAGCAUGUUGGUGUUUAAAAGGCCACUACCGUCUUGACCGUUUUGGACCCUGCACAGCUUGUUCUGGUAAAGGGGUCGAGUGCUCCGAUGACAAGCUCGAUUUAUCCCGUGGGUUUUACUGGAAUUGGGGCGAUCAUGACGGAAACCACAGUAAAUCUACUUACAAGCUUUUCAUAACAAACUUGGCUAUUAGAAACGAUAAAUACAACGAACGAACAACGAGGUUCAUUGGUCAGCUACCAAAAGCUUAUAAGUGCUUACGAGAAAAUUCCUGUCUCGGAGGAAUUGACUCACAAUGCGCUGAGAGUUACACUGGACCACUUUGUGCCAAAUGUCGACGAGGAUACUACAAGAGAGCGAUAUCCUGUCACAAGUGUCCAACACAAAAGCUCAUGGCGAUCCAGUUUGGAGUGCUGGCCUUUAGUAUUCUCAUUAUUGUCCUUGUAAUUAUUAAAAGCAACAAACUGUCGACUUCAGGAAGGCGCACGAUCGCCGACAUAUUCCUUGCUCAUGUCAAGAUUAUUAUCGGAUUUUACCAAGUUCUAGCUGGUAUUCUGCAAGCUUUUUCUUAUAUCAGAUGGCCCUCCCAGGUAUUUGUCCUUGAGAGUUACAUCAGAUUUGUCCAACUUAACUUUUUGGAGAUUGUUUCCCCGGCCUGUGUAAACGAUAAUUUCAAAAUGAAUGCCUAUAGCCAUUUCAUUUUUACUGUGGCGGCAAACGUGUGCAUAGUUAUCUUUCCACUGUUCUGCUACCUCUUAAGGUUGGCCUGGGUGAAGGUGAAACGACAUCAAAGCGAUGAAAAAGAAAACAUGGAAUCCAACAAGCCUUAUCUGAAAGUCACGUUGUUUCUUCUGUUUGUUGCCUAUCCAGCCACUUGUGUCAACAUAUUUAAGAUUCUUCCUAUUUCAUGCCAUGAACUCUGCCCAUUUGAAGGAUCCAGCACAUGCCCUUCUUUCUUGAGAGCUGACUACACUACUGAGUGCGGAACCGACGAGCACAAAAAGUACACGUGGGCAGCAUAUGCAUCGUUAUCAUAUGUGGUUACAUUUCCCAUCUUUCUCACAUACUUGGUCUGGAAAAACCAUCACCAAGCUCAAAAUAGAAUUAAAAAACUCUCAAUAACAGAAACCAGGUCCAACAUGAAUCAAAUGGCGUUUGCAGUUUUGUUUUUACACGAGAACUACUCGCCAAGCUGCUGGUAUUGGGAAAGUAUCGAAAUGGCGCGAAAAGUUAUUCUGUCAGCUGGCGUGGUGUUUGUAGGAUCUGAAAGUCGUACGCAAGUUGGUAUUGCUGCAAUGAUUUCCGGUGUUUUCGCAAUGCUUCAUGGCAGAUUUCGACCCAUUUCUGACAGGUUUGAAGAUUGUCUACAAAUGACGUCCCUUCUAGUGACGUCAUUCAAUCUUUCGAUUGGAGUGCUACUGAAAAUACCUUCAGAUGAUGUGGCUGGAAACGUGGAUGCAAACAAUGACAACGAGGGCCUUGGUAUUUUGCUGUUGGUUACGAAUGCGUUUGUUAUAAGCAUUGUGUUUGGUAAGGCUGGACAGUAA